UGUAAUGGAGUUUAACAAACUCCUUCGCGUCCGAUUCUCCCGAAGCUUCUUCUGAUUCCACCUUUUAUAAUACGGAAGCGUCAAGUUCAUUCAUAUUCCUCCCGUCAAGUGCAGAGAGUUCUCGAACAUCAUUAUCCUUCUUUUGUUGAGCUUUACUGCGAUGUGAGUAUGUAUGCUUGUUUACGACAUGUCUUACUCAAGAUACUCUCCAUCACUAUCCCCUUAUGAAAAGCGUCGUGGAAGGUCUGUGUCAAGGUCUCUCUCUAGAAGCCGCUCCAGGAGUGCUUUAAGCGAUGCAGAGAACCCUGGUAACAGUUUAUACGUGACUGGAUUGUCUCACCGUGUCACCGAAAGAGAUCUGGAAGAUCAUUUCUCCAAAGAAGGAAAGGUAACUGAUGUUCACCUUGUCCUUGAUCCAUGGACUAGAGAGCCUCGUGGUUUUGGUUUUAUCUCCAUGGAAACUGUUGGUGAUGCUAACCGCUGCAUCAGGCAUCUUGAUCACUCUGUUCUGCUGGGCCGCGUCAUUACAGUUGAGAAGGCAAGACGUCGAAGAGGACGUACCCCAACUCCAGGAAAGUACUUGGGUCUGAGAGCCGCUCGAGGGCGACAUCGGUCUCCUAGCUACUCUCCACGAAGGUCUGUUAGCUAUUCUCGUAGUCGCAGUCGAAGCCACUCAUCUGAUCGUAGCAGAUCUUAUACCCCUAGCCAUCGGAGGAGCAGGAGAUCGUUGUCCAACUCACCCUACUAUAGGCGUGGCAGAACUUAUUCUAGAUCUCCAUCACCUGAUGAUCGUUACUACAGGAGACGUGACAGAUCGGAAUCACCUUAUUUCAGGCGGCGGUACAGGUCCAGGUCCAGGUCUUACUCUCCUGACUACAGAGCACGUGACAGAUCAUACUCACCUUACUACAGGAGGCGGUAUAGGUCCAGGUCAUACUCGCCUGACUACAGAGCACGUGACAGAUCAUACUCACCUUACUACAGGGGAAGAGAUCGGUCUUAUUCGCCUUAUUACAGAGGGAGAGACGGGUCUUACUCACCUGAAAGUCGUUACUAUAAAAGGUACAGGUCGGUGUCGAGAAGCGUAAGCCCUGUGAGGAGAAGCAAGUCACGGAGCGUAUCUCCUAAGAAGGGAAGGAAAGAGAGCAGGAGCAAGUCUCACAGACGAGACAGCCAAUCUUCAAUGAACCAUUCGAGGAGCGCAAGAUCAAGCACCUCUCGAUCAGUCAGCCCAUAAUAGAGCCAUUGCGAUUCUACUUUUGCUCAAAUGUUGACACAAUCACUCAAGUCACGUGUGUUCUAAUAAAUAGUUAGGGAGUUCUCAGUUACUUGUGUUUCGGAAUUGAUGACAGAACGGCGUGUGCGUAUGUUAUCAACUUAUGAUGAUCUGGUGUUGGUCUUGUAUUUAUCAGAUCACAAAUCUUCUUGUAAAAUCAGUUUCUUGUCUUCUCGAGUCGCACGAGAAUCAUUUUCUUUGUUA